AACACCCCGUGUGCUCUUGGGCAGCGUGACGGUGCACGCCGCGACCGUUCUAUAAAAGGCCGCCUACUGCACUGGUCAGACACAGUCUGCAACAUGAGGUGCCUGACACAGAUCGCUCUUGCAGCGGCGCUCUGCGUCCUCCUGCUCUCCUGGACUGAUGCUUCACCGACACCAGAUGUUAACGAAGAAGCCGUGAAAGUUCACGAAGAGAAGGUACCAUCUGAAGAAGUACCAGCUGCUUCUCAGGCUGCAGAAGGUGAAGCAGCAGCACGUGUGAAGCGCGGAGGCGGCGGCUGCAAGACGUGCGGAGGCGGCGGUGGCGGCCACGGAGGCGGCCACGGAGGCGGCCUCGGCGGCGGCCAUCACGGGGGCGGCGGCUUUGGUGGCGGCGGCAGCGGUAGCUACUCCCAGAGCAGCUCCCAGGCUUCCAGCUCCAGCUCCAGCGGCAGCUUUGGAGGCGGCAUUGGGGGUGGCAAGCAUGGACAUGGAAAGUGAGAAGUCUGGACGUGAUCGCUUGUCUCUUCUGCUUACUGAUGCCAUUGUAACUUGGAUCAAAUAAACUACUUGGUUAAUAUUA